GAUAAAACCAGCAUCGCGUGUUCUCAGGAUCAAAAUAACACGUCGAAUGAUUUUAUUCUAAAGUAUGAUAUAAUAAAAUCCAAGAAAAAGCGGCGGUACAAGAAGUCUAUACUGUAUAAUUCGAAAAAGGUGAAGCCACAAGUCAAAACUGAGAAAAAUACCCGAGCAAGUCCUGUGGUUGUUAAACCAAUUGACGCGUUGAACUAUUGUGAAAUUUGCAAGAAGAGUUUUCAACGUUUGGAAAGCUUGAACAAGCACAAGAUGACUUUGACGCAUAUUGCUAAGUUGUCGGAGAUCGAAUUUUUGAAUAAAAAGAACGAAAAAGAUGCUGAGGUUGAAGUAGAAGAAACCAAGAUAGAUGGUGCACCAGCUAAUGAUGAUGAUGCACCAGCCAAUGGUGAUGAUGCACCAGCCAAAAGUGAUGAUGCACCGGUUCACAAAGACGUUGAUGCUUUACUUGAAGUUGCCAAACCUGACCAAGUUGAUGAAGUAAUUUUACCGCCACCAACGCAAAUCCAACAUUUACCACCGAAUCCUGAUCCCACACCAGAUAUGAACAACCGCAAAGCCCUGAGUGUAGAAGAAGCCUUGUUCUUCGAAUGUUGCAGCCUUCUCAAAAGUUCUGAAGCCACCAAGAACGAAAUCGCGUCCGAAACUCAGAAAUUCAACCCGAAUCUGUACGCCAUGGAUAACCUAAAACUCCUCACAAACAACCAUCACUAUUCGAAUAAAUUCAGCGAUAUUUCUAACGACUCCAACAAUGUACCAGCAGUUCCUAACAUCCAGGAAGACAGAGGCGGUAAUCUGACCGCGUUUUUGGCCACAGUCGAUAAAUUUAUUAGUGCACCUCUGUUGAAUCACCAUCAACGUGAUGAUUUUGCAAGGUCUGAUGGUGAUGGUGAGUUUUUACCAAGCCAAGACCAAGUUUUAAGGUACAACAAUGAUUAUCAACGUAAAAACUUCUCCCCUAUAUCAUCCACUCAUAGCGAUGUAGUAGACGAUAACUUGUACAUAAAGUCUAAUGUUUUACCAACUGAUAGCUACAGCAACGACACAGUUUCCAAAGAUUUCGACGCCAAUUUGUACAAUGAAAAUAAUAUGAUAGUUCAUUCUAACUUGAAUUCUUAUUCUGAGACUGGUGACAGUACUCCUCCUUCUUUGGUGAACACGGAUGAUGAGAAUUCAUUGGAUAAUUGUGUGGAAAAUACAAGUGUUUUUGGUGAAAUUGAGAAAAAUGUUUAUGGUGAUGAAAAAGGUGAUGAUCAAGGUGCACAUGGUGACAAGAUAAGGGAGACUGAUACAGUAUUAAAUGGAAUCCUCGAUUCUGACCUAAGCGAUUGCCACAGCGACCUAGACCUGCCUCCGAGUAUUCAAUCCAGCCCAAAUUCCGACAAAAAGAUCCCUACCAAAGGCGCCCUGAAGGUUUUCGAAAGCCUUAAAGUCAGCAUUCCGACAUCCGAGAUCAAUCUGGAAAAAGUGAUAAACGCUUGUUCGAAUUCAUCAAAAUUGGCAGCAUUUGCUGAAAUUGCUUUGCAUCGCGAACAUUCUAACCACUCCAGAGACCUCGAAUUGGAUAAACUAUCGCCUCCGAUUGAAAUGAAUAUGUCGGAUGAUAAUCUGGUUAUAGAUGAGAGACCGAUUACACCAGGACGUGGGUUAUUAGAUGAUUUUGAGGAACCUGUCCAGGAAGAAGUUGUUGUUAAACCUAAAGACGUGGUGAUCACUAAUCCUCGCAAGAACAACGUGGCUUUAACAUUUGGCAACAAAUUAGGUUUUCGUAUCAAAAAGAAACGUGUCCAGAGAAAGACUGUUAAAAAACCUGUAGGCAAUAGGAAGACCAGGAAAAACAACAGCAAACCUAAAGAAGUCAAAAAUGUCAUCAAAGACGUGUACGACUUUGAUGACGAUUCCUUGGAAAAUAUCGACUUGGGAGUGGAUAAAUUAAAAGGAUACGCUUCAAGCAAAACUGUAGGCAAACCUGAAACCAAUAUUAUUCCUGAUGAACCACCACCGCCAGUAAUAGAAGCUAUAAAUUUAGAAAAUUCUAUACCAAAUUCCUUGCAAACGUCUCAACCUUCAGAUGAUGAUGUGUUUGAUUAUUUGUCUGAUAAUAUGAGUGAUGUUAGUUCUGCAGAAUCUACAGCAACUGUUAAAACUAAAUUGGAUAUUGAAGAAAAACCUAAACGUUUGAUUGUUGGCAAAAUAUUUAGGAAAAAUUUAAAGGACAAGCCGGAGAAACCUAACGUGGACGAGUUGUUUGAUGCACUUUUAUCAGAAACUGAUAAGGAAAAAGAAAAAGUAGAACAAAUAGUUGAAACAAAUGAUAAAGUUGCAUUGGAAAACGCGGUGGAACUAAAUCAUGUGGAUGUGGAUGUGGAUGUAAAACCAGAACAAGAAGUUGUAAGUCCUGUUAAAAACAACAAAAAGAAGAACCACAGAAGCAAAUCCAUUAUCGAACAAGAACUUGGUAUGAGUUUUCAACAAAUCAAGGAAAUUAUUGGUUUCGCCACACGCAAGUCCCAACGUAAGUGCACCACAGGUAAACAAAACGUUUUGGCUGAAAACUGGAGCUCCGAUGAAGAUUUGGAUACGCGGCUCAAAAAAGAGAAAAACAGAUCCGACAGAAAAUCAACCAAGGAAAACAUCGAACACAAAUCACCUCGUGGUAGAAAAAGUGAUCCAGUGAUAGUUAAAAAGAAUGCAAAUGAUGUAGUUGGCAAACCUUUGGAGGAAAAACCGGUAACAACCCAGGAGACUACAGAGACUCCAGUCAAUGGCGUUGAUACCAAAAUAUCAGACGACAAAGAGCAGUGUGUGGUCAAUGGUGAUAUGAACGAGGAUAAAACUAAAAAACUUGUAAACGGGACCGGUACGACCCCGAAGAACAAAAGAACGUACCGCAGGCGCCCCAAAAACGACAACUUCAGCAGCGACUCCGAGACUGAUACUGUUAAAAAACGUGCACGCAAAAUGCGCAAAAAACGCAAAUCCUUCACCAAAACAUCCAGGGAUCACUCUUUGACACUAGACAGCGCUACUGAACCAUUACCAGAGAUUGUAGAAAAACUUACUACUGACUUAAACGUCGAAAAAAUAGCUGCAGCUAAUAAAAAACGUAAUAAGCAGAACUUGACGGACCUGGAUGCCCAGACAGCUGCUAUAUUAUCUCUUCCAAGGAGAAAAAGAGUCUCUACAGACAUGCUGUAUUAUUGGUCGAGUUCUAGUGAUGAGGAUCAAUAUGCAGGGAUGAUUGAAGUGAAACCUAUCAGGGACGAUGUGAAUUUGAGUGAACAUCCUAUACAGCACGGUUGGAUUGUUGGUGACUCUCAUAAGAAACUGGUGACUCUUUUGGCGCAUGCCAAAGGGAAGAAGACGGAAGAUUGUGCUGUUAAGGAGGGUCAUAUUAAGAAGAACAGGAGUACCUUGUGAAAAGAGUAUUGAGGUAAUUGAUAUGUUGAGCUUUAGACCUGAACGCUCAGCUGCUUUUAUUAUUAACGUGAAACCUAUCAGAGACGAUGUGAAUUUGAGUGAACAUCGUAUACAGCACGGUUGGAUUGUUGGUGACUCUCAUAAGAAACUGGUGACUCUUUUGGCACAUGCCAAGGGGAAGAAGACGCAGGAUUGUGCUGUUAAGGAGGGACAUAUUAAGAAGAACAGGAACACCUUGUGAGAAGAAUAUUGAGGAAAUUCAUUGUCACCUUGUGAGAAGAAUAUUGAGGAUAUUGAUAUGUUGAUACUUAGACCUGGACGCCCAGACAUCUCUUCCAAGAUGAGAAAGUGCAUUGACUGAUAUGUUUCAUGAUUGAAGUGAAGCCUAUCAAAGACGAUAUCAAUUUGAGUGAACAUCCUAUACAGCACGGUUGGAUUGUUGGUGGCUCCCAUAAGAAACUGGUGAGGAUUGUGCUGUUAAGGAGGGUCAUAUUAAGAAGAACAGGAAUACUUUGUGAGGGAAAUAUUAAAUUGAUAUGCUCAUCCUUAGACCUAGACUACUAGCUGCCUUUAUGAUUGAAGUGAAACCUAUCAGGGACAACGUGAAUUUGAGUGAACAUCCUAUACAGCACGGUUGGAUUGCUGGUGAUUUUCAUAAGAAAUUGGUGACGCUGUUAAGGGGGAUUGUGCUGUUAAGGAGGAGGUCUAUAUUAAGAAGAACAGGAGUACCUUGUGAAAAAAGUUUUGAAGAAAUUGAUAAGCUGAUAGUUACACCAGGACAAAGCUCAAACACCUUUAUCUCUUUCAAGACGAAUAUUUACUGAUGUGCUGAAUGACGUGAAUUUAGGUAAACAUCUUUUACAGCACGGUUGGAUUGUUGGUGACUCUCAUAAGAAACUGGUGACUCUCACAAAAAAAUAGUGACUCUUAUAAGAAACUGGUGACUCCCACAAGAAACUGGUGACUCCCACAAGAAACUGGUGACUCCCACAAGAAACUGGUGACUCCCAUAAGGAAACUGGUGACUCCCACAAGAAAACUGGUGACUCCCACAAGAAACUGGUGACUCCCAUAAGGAAACUGGUGACUCCCAUAAGGAAACUGGUGACUCCCACAAGAAACUGGUGACU